AUGGAAGAAGAAGUUAAUUUAUUUCUUCAUUCCUUUCUCAUCAGCUCUUCAGACAACAGCGAAUCAGCUGAGUCUUUGCCGGGUUACUUGCAGCAGUUAGUUUCAGGGAAUUACGCAACUCUUGGUGUUGGAGCGCUGACUCUUGCUGGUGUUGCUGCAACAUAUUAUUUACAGUCCACAUCUACAAAGCCAAUUGAACCCGUGGUUGAUCUGAACAACCAAUCGGUUAUUAUAGAUGGCAAGCCAGAGCACAGAGCAUCCUGGCUGGCAAAUGCACCAGACUACUUAACAUUUGAUCGCAUGUGGCCAGACGUUCACACCAUCUAUGAUGUACUGGAGCAAGGCAGGAAGCUGUCAAAAAACGGACCUUGCCUGGGUACACGAAGUGGUCCAAACAGAGAAUAUCAAUGGAUAUCAUACCAAGAGGUGAUUAACAGAGUCCAUGCUUUCGGAUCGGGUCUGAUAAACCGAGGGUUUGCUCCCAGUAACAAAUUUGUUGGAAUCUAUGCUUCUAACAGGGCAGAGUGGACUAUAUCAGACUUUGGGUGUCAAGCUUAUUCUUUGUGCCCAGUUCCAUUGUAUGAUACACUGGGUGUAGAUGGAUGCAAGUACAUACUUAACGAGUGCGAGAUGAGUGUGAUGGUCGUUGAUACAGAAGAAAAACUGCAAAUCUUGAUAGAUCUGAAACCUGAAGUUCCUUUUCUGAAGCUGGUGGUAGUUAUAGAACAGUUCAAGGCUGAAACACGAAAUGCUGCCUCCAAACGAGGCUUGGAGCUGAUACAGUUUUAUGAGCUGCUAGACCUUGGCAAAAAGAAUUUGAAAAAGCCCAUACCACCAAAACCAAGUGACCUUUUUUCUGUUGUCUACACAAGUGGAACUACAGGAAACCCUAAAGGAGCUAUGCUUACUCAUCAUUCUUUUGUAAUCAUGGUUGAUGGCAUUCUUACACACUUGAUGAAACACUUCACAUAUAGGACAGAUGACGUGCAUAUGUCUUACCUGCCUCUGGCUCAUGUGUUUGACCGGGCUGCCUGCGUGCUAGUUUUAAUGUCUGGAGCACAAAUCGGCUACUACAGCAGGGACCUGACUGCUCUGUUGGAUGACUUUGCUACUUUGAGACCCACCAUCUUUCCCAGUGUGCCGCGUCUGUUCAACAGAAUAUAUGACUCUGUAAUGGCAGAUGUAGGGCAGUCAAAAGUCAAGAGCACACUUCUGAGGUGGGCCAUGGAAAGUAAAUCAAGAGAAGUAAACAGGAGAAUAAUAAGGCGAGACAGUUUUUGGGAUAAGUUGCUAAUGAAGAAGAUUCAGAACAAGAUUGGAGGUCGAGUUCGUCUGGUGAUCAGUGGAUCUGCUCCAUUGUCACCAGAAGUCAUGCAGUUCUUGCGGUGUGCAUUUGGUUGCCCAGUUCUAGAAGGGUAUGGCCAGACAGAGGCAGGAGCUGCCAUAACAUUAACUGUCUGUGGAGAUCCUGGUGUAGGCAGUGUUGGACCACCACUUCCCUCAUGCCACGUCAAGUUGACGGAUAUUCCAGAGAUGAACUACUACGCCAAGGACAAUAUCGGAGAAGUUUGUGCCAAAGGGGAAAUAAUUCUUCAAGGUUACUACAAACAACCUGACAAAACAAAAGAAGCCAUUGACAAAGAUGGCUGGCUUCACACUGGAGAUGUUGGCACAUGGCUUCCGAACGGUACCCUGAAAAUUGUUGAUCGAAUCAAGCACAUCUUUAAACUCUCUCAGGGAGAGUACAUUGCCCCUGAAAAGAUUGAGAAUGUGUUACAGAGCCAGUCCUUUUAUUUGCUCAAUGCUUUGUUGAUGGAGACAUCUCAUAUCAUGGCUGUAGUUGUACCAGAUGUUAUUUAUCUCAACAAGUGGGCACCAAAUAAUGGCUUCCCCACUGAUAUUAAGGAGUUCUGUCAACAUAAGGAUGCCCAUGACCUGAUUAUUAAUGAUAUGUUAAAAUAUGGGCAAGCGGCUGGUCUAAGAGGAUUUGAACAGGUCAAGGACAUCCUUCUGGAACCCAGCCUGUUCUCUGUUGACAGCGGACUUCUCACACCAACUCUAAAAAACAAGAGACCACAGCUUCGGGCAGCCUUUAAGGAGAAGAUUCAGGCACUUUAUGCAAAAUGUGGUUUGUGA